AUGGCCUCCACAGACUGCGGACCAAACGAGCUCAUGUCGAAGAAAAUGGUCCAGGUUCUCACUCGGGACGUUCCUGGCUUCUUCUUUUUACCAGGCACGUGCCUCGAGCACCAGUCACACCUCGGAGUUCUGGGCAGUCUGAAACAUGUGGACCAGAUGUUGGAGUCUUACGGGCGAAAGUGGCGGUAUUUCAGUUCAAUUGCUAUGAUAGCAAAUACUUUGAGAGACUUGUCCCAGAGUCUUUUCAGCUCAUGGCGGUCACUCUUCGGUGAUGAAUCAGCGGUCGCCAAAGUGAAGGCCCUGUUCCCACGUUGCAUAGCAGAACGCUGGGGAAGCAUCGACCAGACAGAAUCCCGGCUAUUGAAAGCCAACGUAGCUUCUCUGGCCCAGGCUGUGUCACACAUGUUCCAAGUCUAUCCACAACUCAACGACGCCGGAGUCGGGGAUGAGGCGGCGCAUGACAAGGUCGACUUGCUUGGCGCUGAUGACCGCAAAGCCUACCAGAAAAAAAUGGGCAGAUGGCGCAGGCACACCAUCGAAACUUUGCACGACCCCUUGUUUGGUGGAGUCAUCCUUGUUUUGCAUGAGGCCAAGCAGCCAUGGAUACAUCUGUCCAACUUUCUGAAGAAGAAGCUUCCUUUGGAGAGCGACGGUCAUUUGUUUCAGUUGGUGUGUGGCAAAGCAAAGGACAUGCUCUCACAGUUCGAAGAUAUGCUGUUCGAGCCGCUCGGAAAUUGGGCAGCAGUCAUCAUCACAGAUGCGUCCGAUAUUGCUUUCUUGCUGCAGCUGGCCCGUGCACAGCUAUUGUUGAACGCUUCAGCAUUUGGGCGACGAGUUGUGGAUCCAUUGCAGCGCUGGCCACAUCGCCUGCUGUUGCUUGGGCAGAGUGCCGACAAUGUAACUUGCACGCUACGCCAGCAAAUCGCGCAAGAGCUCCUGCACACAUGCCCAGAAGAGCUGGAAGUCAACGCGCGCAAAGUGAAGGCACUGUUCAAGGCCGACCUCCUCGUCGCGUCCGAGAAAGGCUUGCUAACAGGAGCUUUGCGCGUCUCUGUCAGAGCAGUCGCCCGCAUGUGGAAGGCAGACUCCCGGGAGUGCGAGAGGAUCAACAAGAUGCUCAAGCUUUUCACGGAGCGUGGGCCGACGUCAUCGGCAGAGCUUGUGUCCAGCAGAGCCUGCAUAAAGCAUUUUCUCGGGGAAGCUGUGGCGCCGGGAGGGACGCAGCUGCGCCGCAAGUGGUCGCACUACCGCCCGACUGCUCGGAGGUUGUUCGACCUCUGCUUGGGAAGCUGGGCCGACCGCAAGGACGUCGCAGAGGAGCUCGACAGAUGGGUGCAGCCGCCGCCGCCGGAGAAUCUUCCGUCUGACAAAGAUGCAGCCCUCGCUUUUUCCAAGCUACACCCUGAAAGUCUACCGACCUUGGCGCGGAAUUGGGCUGCCUGUUACAACAUGAUCCUCAACAAGCACCUGGCCGGUCUUGUUUCGUCUAAGGGUCCAGUGCCAAGUAUGCCGGUGAUUGCUGUGGGCGCGCUGUUCAAGGACCCGAACCUUGUGACUACCUCAAAGUCUUUUCAGUACUUCGUGGUGGCGGACAAGGUUAGAAGCGUCUAUCGCUUGGCUCGCUGUGUGAUCUCUGGUACAGGCUGCAUCUCCUUGCAACGACCGCUGGCCUUUCAGGCUUGCAAUGAAGUUCUUGCUGCUCGCUGGGAUGAUGUUCACGAGGGUGCGACUGUGCAAGUGUUCUCAAUUCCAACACAAGCCAGAGUCACGGUCAGUGAGCUUGGUCAUCUAGGAGAGCUUGGAGUUUUGUCAGGCAAGCCUCAGCCGAUUGUUGUCCUGAAGCAGCCGAACAAAAAAACGCUCAACAAGUUAAGUGGAGACGUUCGCCGCGCUGGAGGUGCUGCUGCUACAACUGCCACGCUGCCGCCAGGUGAGCGAGUCAUUCACGAAGACAACCAAGGUGCUCAUGAGCGUGAUGAAGACGGUGACGGUGACGGUGAUGGUGAACUGGAGGAGGGUUUGAACAUGCUUCUGGAGGAGGCGGAGCAGGACGUGGGAGGCAAUGGAGGCGAUCCCGAAGAAGCGGACGUAGCAGAAGCAGAUCUUCUGUACAUCGCCAUCAGCAACAUGAUGCACGAGAAUUGCGGUCUUCACCACGAUGAGCUAGACACCAUGGCGGACGCCGUGCAGCAAGAAGAAAAGAAACAAAUGAUGGAGAAUUCCAUUGACUCGCAGGAGUGUCGCAAAGCACAGGAGGCAGUGCGAGGUGGCAUUUGUGAUGGUUUGGAUGUGGAAGCCUUGAAGCGCAUGGGUCUGGACAUCUCUGUUGACGAUGAUCCAGGGGUAGAUGUCCUGCUUGAGGGCGUGCUCAAUUCACAAGGCGUUAUGGGCAACUUUGAUUGCCGUCUGGAAAGUAAACCCACCGAGAGAAUGAUUCGAGAUGCGGGUGAUUUGUGGUUGUCGGAGGCUCAACAGAGCCUCGCUUGCGUUCAGUUCUACAUGGACUCUCAAGCCAAGACUCCUGGACAGGACGGCUGUGUCUCUUUGGUGGCUUUGCCCGGUACAACACAGGAGGAGCACGAGGAGCGGCUGGCCUCGUUGGUUUACAUUCAGUGGACGGACCCAGGCGUGAAGGGAAGAGUGGCAGACGUCACUGCCGACAACCGCUUGAAAUGUAUUGUGCCAGUGGGAAAGAAGAGGAUCCCCCUGGACAUCGCAGCGUUGCGUGGGGAAAUCCUGUUGCCGUCAGCUGGUGCCAAAAUAGUGAAGGACAAGCAAUAUGCGCAAGCUAGGCAUCUACACCAUCCAAGCCAAGUGCCCGACGAAGUGCUUCGCUUUAUCCGCAUGUGGCAAACGUCCCAGCACAGAGGUGCAGACAGUGACAUGAACAUAUCAGCACAGGUGCUGCUUGCAGACACGGCAGACACUUGCUUUGUGUGCUCUGGUGGCGUGCAAGAGUCUGAUGCAGAUUCAGAUGCAGAUGCAGGAUUGCAGUUAUCGGUGUGCCCGUUCUGCCUGCUCUGCAGCCAUGCUUCCUGUGCGCAGAGGUUGUCGCAAUCGAAAGCCGGGCAGCAAGCUCUGGAAUCAUUGCAAGCCUUUGAAGACGGCGGCGGUGGCGGUGGCCAGGGCGGCAUACUUCCAAGGUGGUUGUGUGACAGGACGGAGAGGCACGGGGCCGGGGCGGCCGGGGACGACCAGAUCCCUUGCAACAUCGACGGCGGCGUGUAG